AUGAGCUCUGCCUCCAGCGAGCCUGGCCACGGGGAUGCCACUGCAGAGCGGUCUCCACUGGGACUGGACACCGUGAUCCAGAGGCUGGAGGACACUGUCUUGAGUCCCAUGGCCACUAGAGAAGCCCGGACACUGACCGUUCGUGGGGCAGGCCGGCGGGCUUUGCCCACGCCUGUGCCCGCCCGAAUCCGUGAGAUCGUGGCUGGCAGCCUGGGGGACGAACCACACCAAGGAACACAGGAGCCGCUGGCCGUCGCGGCCCGUGUGCAGGAGGAGAACGAGCUCCUGCAGGAGGAGCUGUCCAGGCUGGAGAACCUGCUGACCCAGGCAGGCUCUGAGCAGGAUGAGCUGGCCGGCAGGUACCAUGCACUCAGUGAGCGGCUACAGGCCCGCCUGGAGAGCACGGAGGCUCGGCUGCGGAGGUCCGAGCUGGAGCACAGCGUGGACCUGAAGGAGGCCUUGGGCCGUCUGGAGGCUGCUGAGCAGAGGAGCACGGGGCUCUCCCAGGUGAACGCCCUUCUGCGGGAACAGCUGGAACAGGUGAAGAAGGCCAACGACAGGCUGGCCGAGGAGCUGGCCAGGACGGCGGAUGGCAUGCUCCAUCUUCGGGGCGAGCUGGAGCUGAGGGAGGCCCAGCGCUGGACUGGUAGACAGAGCAUACGCCCACGCUCAGGGGGGCCCCAGGAACUCCUUCCCCUGUGGAGACAGGUCACCGCACUCCGCAUACAGCUGGCUGACCUGCGUGCGACCACAGAGAGGGGUCUCACGGACAUGCGAGCGGAGGCAGCCAGGAUGGCCUGGCGCCUGCAAACAGCCUGCCUGAACCUUGACUCCCACCUGCGGCUGUCUGCUGGCAGCGGGCCAGGCAGCCUGGAGCCGGGGGCCCAGCGGGCUGCAUGGCUGGAGCGGCAGCUACGGGACAAGGUGCGGGAGAUGCUCCAGCUGCAGGGCCACUGGGACGCAGAGAAGGUGGCGCUCCAGGCCAGACUCUCCGAGCAGACCCUGCUGGUGGAGAAGCUCACAGAGGAAAACUCAAAGAAGGAGACCACCCUCUCUUCCCUCAGAACACAGAUUCAGAAGCUGGCCCGGAGCCCUGGAGCCCAGCUGGACGCCUUGGAGGAGGAAGUUCAGUCCCUGCAGCGCAUUCUGAAGAGCAUCACAGAGGUGGCCCAGGCGGAUGCCGGGGGCCCGGAGCCGGCACAGAGCGGUGGGACGGGCGCCAAGGAGGCACGGGGCCAGCAGGGGUGGCCCGCACGCUCUGUGUCCCCCUACCGGGGCAUGUCCCCACUGCGGGCCCACCCCCUGGACACCCCGGAGCCUGCACUGCAGGCUGUGCAGACAGCCAUCGAGAGGCGGCAGCGUCUGGAACAGGAGCUGCGCCUGCAACUGGAGUUGUCGCAGGCGGUGGCCGCCAGACUCCGGGAGCAGCUGUCUGAGAGCCAGCAGGAGCUGCAGGCCUCCAGGAGGCUCCUCCAGGAGCGGGCGCAGGAGCAGGGGCGGGAGCGCGAGGACCUCCUGCGCCAGCUGGAGAUGCAGAGCCGGGAGGCACAGCACUGCCGGGCAACCAUCGAGCUCCUGCGAAGAGAGAAAAGGGCUCUGGAGACUGCGGUGGACGAGAUGAGGGGGAAGGCGGCCAUUUCAGAUGCAGAGAAGCAGAGGCUGGAGGCCCAGACCGAGGAGCUGCAGAGGGGCCUCCUGCUGUGGGCAGAGCGGAAGGAAGAGCUGACGCAGCAGGCCGAGCGGGGCCGCAGGGAGCUAGAGACCAGUCAAGGGCGCCUGGAGCAGCUGGAGGAGAAGGUCUCGGGGCUCAGGAAGGAGCUGGUGUCAGCCCAGGAGGCACUGAACUCAGCCCGACUACAGAGGGAUGUUCUGGAGAGCGAGAGGGAGGGCCUGCGCAAAGCCCUGGCCCGGGCCGAGUCCAGCAGCACUGACCUGGAACUGCUUGUGACCCGGCUGAAGUCAGAGGGAGCAGAGCAAAGGGACUCUCUGGCCAGGAUGGCGGCCCUGACGGAGGCGCUGGCUCACGACAAAGGCAACCUGAACCACCUGGUCCUGCAGCUGGAGCAGGAACGGGACCAGCUGCGGGAGCAGCAGAAGGCACUGGAGCGGGAGCAGGCCGGAGUGCGGGAGCGGCUGGUACGGGCAGAGCAGCAGCUGGAGCUGGUGCAGACAGAGCGUGGGGGCCUGCAGCGGGCCUGCGGGCGCCUGGAGCAGCAGCUGGAGCAGCAGCUAGAGCAGCAGUUGGGGCAGGCUGCCCGCUUCCAGCUGCAGAAGGCCCAGCUGCAGGAGCAGGUGGACCAGGUCACGUGCAAGAAACAGGCCCUGGAAGAGCAGCUGGCCCAGAGCCUGCAGGACCAGGAGGCCCAGAUGGACUCUCUGCAGAGGGCUCUGCAAGAAAAGGAGGCUUUGUCUGAUGAGCGGACCCAGCUGCUGGCCAAACAGGAGGCCUUGGAGAGGCAGGUCCAGCUCACAGCUGAGGAGGCAGCUGACCUCAGGGCUGAGAGGGACUCUCUGGAGAACAGCCUCUUUGAGACCCAGCAGCUGUCCAGGCAGCUACAGGCACAGAGGGAACAGCUGGAAGGAGAGGCCCAGAGCAUGCGGCUCGCUCAGCAGGCCCUGCAAGUGGAAAUGCAGCAGCUGAAAAGUUCCUGGGAGGUCCAGGAGACAAAGCUACAGUGGGACAUGGAGAAGCUUCAGCGGCAAGUGGCGCAGCAGGAGCGGGAGGGGCAGCUGGCCCUGGAGAGUCAGGUGCUGGCCCACCAUGAGGACCUGGCUCGGCUCCAGAGGGAGAAGGAGAACCUGAGUCUGUCUCUGACAGAGGAGAAGGAAGUGGCAGCUCGCCGGUUGGAACAGGAGAAGAAGCUGGUGGCAAAGAAUGCAGCCAAGAGUGAGGCUCUGAAGGAUGAGAUUCAGAGCCUGAAGCAUGAGAGGGAUGAGAGUCUCCUCCAGCUGGAACAUGAGAUGCAACAGGCCCUGACCCUGAAAGAAGAAGAGGGGAAGCUACUGAGGGAAGAGCUCUUCAGGUCCACGCAGGAGCUGGAGCAGGUGCGGCAGGAGGCCCAGAGCCGGCAUGAACAAGCCGAGGCCACCGUCAGCGCCACGACAGCGGAGCUGAAGGCCCUGCAGGCCCAGUUUGAGGAUGCCAUCUCUGCCCAUCAGAGAGAGGCCACGGCUUUGGGCGAGAGUCUUCGGGAGAUGGCAGCAGAGCGAAGCAACGCCAGGAGAGAAGCUGAGAGGCUGCGGGCCCAGCUGGACGAGGCCCAGGAGGGGCUGGCUGUGCUGCACCAGGAGCUUCGGGACAGCGAGGAGAGCCGGGAGGGACUUCGCUGGGAGGUCCUGGAGGCCCAGCGGGCCCUGGAAGAUGAGGCCCGCGAGAAGGACGUGCUGCAGCGCUCCAAUGCUGAGCUGCGGGCCGCCAUAUGCAGGGCUGAGAAGGAGAAGGCCAGUUUCCAGAGGUCCAAGGAGGAAGGGGAGCAGAAGGUGCUGGUCCUGGAGGAGGCCCGGGCCGUGGCCCAGAAGGAGGCCUGUGAGCUGCGGGCCAGUCUGAGGGAGGUGGAGCAGGCCCAGGCAGAUGCACGCCGGGAACUCCAGGAGCUGGGCAGACAGGUGAGCAUGCUGGAGGCUGAGAACUGGAGAAAGAGCCAAGAGGUGAUCCAACUGCAGGUCCAGGGCGCACAGGGCACCCAGCACCAGCAGCAGCAGCAGCAACAGAGUCAGCAGGAGGUGCUGCAGAUGCAGAGGCUGGCCGCGGAGGCCGAGGCAGCCCACGAUGGUGCCCGGAGGGAGGUCCUGAGGCUGCAGCAGAGGCUGGCGGAGGUAGAGGCUGGAGCGGAGGCCCAGAAGCAGCGGCUGGAGGCACGUCUCUGCCAGAGCCAGGGCGCCGAGCACACUCUCCGGGCCGAGCUUCGCACCACAACCAGGAGGCUGCAGCAGGCCCAUGGGGCAGUGGAGGGGCUGCGGGCUCACCUGGACAAGGCCUGUGGCCAGAUUCACAGGCUGGAGCAGGAGCUCGCUCAGGCUGAGGGUGCCAGGCGGGAUGCGGAGAGCCAGCUGGGCCGGCUGUGGUCCACGCUUUGCCGUGGCCUUGGGCUCCAGGGACAGAGGCCCUCGGGCUCCCCCAGUAAAGGCUCAGAUGGCAUCCAGGCUCGCUCCGCACAGCAGAGGGCCAGCCUCCCCGGCCGGUCCUGCUCACCGCCGCGAUGGUCCUCCCCUGCACCCGGGGACCCCAGCCCAGAGGUGGACAUAGCCUCCGUGCGGGACGCCCUGUGGGACCUGGCACAGCAGCUGCGGGACACCCAGAAGGAACGAGAUGACUGGCACUUCCAAGCGGUAAGCCUGACUGGCCAGCUGAGCAAGGCAGAGAGUGAGAGCGCCCGAGCCCAGAGCCGUGUGGGGCAGCUGAAGACGGCGCUGGCAGAGGCUGAGGGAGCUCGGCGCCAGGCGGACCGUGAGAGGAGCAGUGCGCAGGUGGCGCGGGCCCUGCGAGAGGAGGCGCUCGGAAGGCUGGAGCUGGAGCACCUGGCGAGCAUGCGGGCGGCCAGCUGGGAGAAGCGGAGGCUGCAGGAGCAACUGGACGUCCUGCACAGGGCCCUGGAUGAGAGCAAAAGUCACGGCCAGGGCCUGGCCCAGAGAGGGAAGCUGCUGGAAGAGCAGGUCACCUGCCUGGAGCGCAGAUGCCCGGAGGCAGGGGGCACGAGGGAGCCCUUGCCACAGAGCCGCCCAGACAACCAUCAACCUCCAGACCACGCGGAAACUGAGGUGGGAGGGGUCAGAGGCCCGAGACCUGCUCACAAUGGAGCAGGAGACGCUGAGGAAGGAAGGGGACACGGCCUGGCCAGGAGCCAAGAAGGAACAACCAAGGAAGGACAGGGACGGGGCCCUGAGGCCAAAUCAGCAGCUGCAGGUGGAGAGAGGGGUGCAGACGGACCAGCAUCCCUGGCCGAAGGCCCUCCAGCAGCAGGAUCCCAAACCACCGCUGGGGGAUCCAACCAACCCUGGGACUCUCACCCUUCCAUCCUGUCACUCCCACGGCUCACCAAGUGA